CAAUUUCCUGUAUAAGUUUCUCUUCUUUGAUGUGCCAAACGCGUGCCAACGUUUGACACAUUCUGAAGUUAUUAUACUAAUGAGGCCCUACUUGUGUGGUGGGUGGGUGUCAUCAAGCCAAUAAGAUCCCACAUAUCUGCAAGAUCAUCCAAUAAGAUUCCACGUUUUUGCAAGAUCAUCAUACUGUAAUUUCUCUUGAUAAAGGAACUCAUCACGGCACGAGAAAGAGAGCAAGUUUCCUCCUAGCCAUUUGCUCUAUCCACUCAUCUUGUUCCGGCUCAUCAUUUGUGCCUAACUUUUGAUAUCUGACCCUACAAGGGGGCAUUCGAUUCAACCUUCUCUGUGAUGCUUGAUUGCUUCUAAAUCACCUCCUCCCUCUCCUUCCUCUUCCUAUUAUUGAAGUCCCACCCUCUCAAGAUUCUCUCUUCAUGGACAUGCGUCUGCGUCUCUCUCUUCCUCAGUCACCAGCAUAGUCCUACUCCUGUUCAGCCCCCGAGAUUGUCCACGAAGGAGAAGAUGAGUCCAGCUUCAGAAGCAGACAAUGCAGAGGAGUCCAAAGAAGGAGCGUCAUCGCUGUUGGACUUGCCAGAGCUUGCUCUGGAAUGCAUUCUCGAGAAGCUCCCCCCAGAUGGGCUCUUGAGCAUGUCUGGUGUGUGCACAGCUUUGAGAGAUAGGUGCAGAAGCGACUAUUUCUGGGACAAGCACAUGAAGCAGAAGUGGGGCAGAGUGAUUGGUCCAUCAGCUUAUAAGGUGUGGCAAUUGUGCCUUGCUUCAAGAAGGGAUAAUGGCGAUUCAAAUCAAGGGAAGCAAAAGGGGUUGUUGAGGUUGUUUUCUCUUGUUUGGCCUUGUUCAUGGGCUGGUGAGAAAAUCAAUAUCGGUCAAGACCAGACAUGUUCUCUGCCACAUGAUUCAUCGGUCAUGUCUUGGUAUAUUGCACUUGAGACUGGGAGGUUCUGGUUCCCUGCUCAAGUCUAUAACCGUGAGAAUGGGCAUGCUGGGUUUAUGUUGUCUUGCUAUGAUGCUGAGCUCAGCUAUGAUUUUCGAACCGAUGCCUUCAGAGCCAGGUAUCCCCCACAUGGCAGGAGGGCGAUUGCGCUGGAGACCGGGGUGACAUGGGAAAGGCUGAGGUCCCCUCCGGUCGAUACUUCUCCACAUGACCUUCACCUGUCUGAUUGUUUGAAGGAUCUGUGCCCCGGUGACCACGUGGAGAUUCAGUGGAGAAGAAACAAAGAGUUUCCAUAUGGUUGGUGGUAUGGCGUCGUCGGUCAUCUGGAAUCGUGUGACAGGAACGAAAAUUACUGUCGUUGUCUUAGCAGCGAUGCUGUGGUUCUGGAAUUUAAUCAGUAUUCAGCAGGGUCGCGGUGGAGUCGCACAACCAUAGACAGGAGAAACCACAGGGAGGAAGGAAACGAGGCGGACGGAUUCUACGGAGGAAUCAGAAAGCUCAGGACCGACGACGACGAGAUUUCCGUGUGGAAGCGGCUCUGGCCAACUGAAUUAUUAGAAUAGGUUUUGUUCCCAACUGCCUGCUUCGAGCAACAGGGCGAGAAUAAGUCAUGGAACGGUUCCCCAUUCAAGGAGAGGUCUGUCGAAUCUUUUACUCGGCAAAAGUGGCUCAGUAGAAGCUGAAACUCAGUCAGUUGGAUGAAUGUGAAAGUAUUUUUUCCCCCUCUCCACGUAUGAUUGAAGAUUAAUUUGCAUCUCAGCAAUUCUGACGAAUUGCUUUCUUUAUUGAUGUACAUAUGAUAUAGCACAGACAAAUGAAGGUAUAAAGUGUGACUUUUCCCUA